AACCGGUAUCAUUGUGAAGAGCUUUCGAAAUGUCAGAGUGAAUUAUGACCAUUGGACAUGACAGUGUGCUGCGCAACUGUCAUGCUGAAUAAAGGUAUUCGUUAUUGGAUCGUUGUACAAGCAACAUCUUCCGUUCUUCCGUUCUUCCGUUCUUCCGUUCUGUCUUCCGUUCUUCCGUUAUACCUUCCGUCUUUGUUAUUAGGCUACCAAAGCCUCCUUCCGAAAAGUUAAAUCUUCCGUAAUACAUCCGUAUUACAUCUCAGAAGUGGGAUUCGCCCCGUGCUGCCGUUGUGUCAUCUUGGUUUAGAUCAUGCCUGGUCGUGAUGAAAUGUUGGGCGUUCUGUCGGAUGCGGGGAUUGCGGUUCCCCCUUCCGCUACCGUUGCCCAGAUCCGGAGAUUGUUUGCUGAAAUUAUGGGAAUUGACGCCACACCGAUACCAGACGAGGAACCAGCUUCCGAAGCGCCUUUGACCGAUGCUCCUACCACGUGCCUGUCCGCCAUUUUGGACGCUUCGAGUGCUACACCCGUGAAGCGCGAUGCCGCCAUUUUGGACGCCUCGAGUGCCACACUUGCGAAGCGCGAUGCCGCCAUUUUGGACGCCUCGAGUGCCACACUUGCGAAGCGCGAUGCCGCCAUUUUGGACGCCUCGAGUGCCACACUCGCGAAGCGUGAUGUCGCCAUUUUGGACGCUUCAAGUGUUACCCCCGUAAAGUGCGGUGCUGCCAUGUUGGACGCUACCGAAGCGGAGCGUGUUGAUAGUGCAGCCAAAGAAUGUAACCCGGCUAACAAAUGCACCCAGGCUACUUACGAUGACGAAAUUCGCAGAUUGCAGCAACAAUUGGAGUUAGUGGAUUUGCGCCGUAAGAUUCAGGCUUUGGAACACCAGUCUGAAUAUGCUCCACCACCGAUUGCUGACUUAAAACUCGAUAAAACAAUCGAACCCUUCACGGGAGACGACGACAGAUGUAUCAUCCAAUGGUUGGAUGACCUCGAUUAUACUUUCUCCCUACAUCGUGUGAAGGAUGCUGAUAAAUUCGUUCAUGCUCGUCGGUUGCUUAAAGGAUCUGCGGCUAUCGUUGCCCAGUCAUCUCGUGCCCUUACGCUGGAACAGUUAAAGGAAGAACUCAUCUCAACCUUGAGUGUGCCGCCCACGGUUGAAGCCGUUCUUCGACACUUACGAUCCCGUCGUCUCUCCCCAAAGGAGACCGCCUUACGUUAUGUGUUGGAUAUGCAACGUAUUGCCAGCCGAGCCCCCAUCCCGGAACCUGAAUUGAUCAACAUUAUCCUUGAUGGUCUGGAUAGCCCAUCUCUUACUGCUGGGAUGCGAUUCAUGGCAAACAACGUGGAAGAUCUGAAGCCUAUGCUUAAGAAAUUCGAGACUAUUCGGUCCAGAAGAGUCCCCAAGCCGACGACGACAUCAUCUUCAAUUCCGGAGAAAGUUCCUGUUUCGACCAAUCGAGGAGCAACGCAGAACAUCAUUCGAUGUUACAACUGCUCGGAGUUUGGACAUCUUAAGAGUGCCUGUUCUCGCCCCAACCGACCACCGGGGGCAUGCUUCACGUGUUUCCAGAUGGGGCAUAACUACAAAAAUUGCCCAAAGAAGGUCGCGAAUGCUGCUGCUCAUCCGGAUCCAAUUACUCGUAUUGCGGGUGAUGAUAAUGAAACUCUGGCAUUAGAUGAAUUACAAGAGGUAGUUCUGUAAGUUUUAUAAAUGAAUCCAUAGUGCCAGUUGGACUCCUGGCUCCGUUAGCCCUUUCUCGAUUUCGUGGCCUAGGGAACUCCCGACUUUAUACUCGUGGUCAAGUAACGUGCCGUAUAAAAUUUAAGGAGGUGAUCCUCAAUCAUUCAUUUAUUAUAUUACCCGAGAACUCUAUGGACUGGCCAAUAAUUAUAGGUAGAGAUAUACUCCCUUCGUUUAACGUCCGUCUUACGUACUCUAAGAAUUACGUCUCUCUUAUGCAGCCCCCUCGGGGGGGAAUUGAAACCCAGAACCAGGAUUCACUAGAUGUGGCAACCAAUGAAAUUUCUGCUAUUGACGUUUAUGAAUCAGAAAUUGAGCCUGAUGUUGGCCCCACAUUAUCUUCAAAGCAAUCCGCUAUUGUCCUACCAAUCAUUAAGGAAAAUUAUCUCGACGAUUCUAUUCAAUGCACUCAGUUAGUAAAUCAUAAAAUGAAGAUCAAUCUCACUCAUCAGACUUCUAUGGCUCACGUGGAUGCAUUAAGCCGAACUGAAGCAGUAGGUGCAAUUAGUGAAUUAGACCUCGACUUUCAACUUCAGGUAGCUCAAUCAAGAGAUCCUUCCAUUGACUCUUUAAAACGAAAACUCGAAGUCGGUCCUGUUAAUGGAUGCGUCUUGCAAGAGUCUCACAAUAUCUCCCAUGUACUUAAUGCUACAGCCUCUCCCCAAGCGAAUGGUCAGGUCGAACGCGUUAAUCUUGAGUCCAAAACAGAAGACGUUAGUCGAGACCUUAAUCGUCUCCGUUCCGAAGCACAGGAAAAUAUCGAAAUAUCGCAAAAUCGAAAUGAGCAAUACUUAGCCGAUAGGAACAAGCCAGCUCCUAAAUUCACCGUAGGAGAUCUAGUAGCUAUCAAAUAUACAGACACAAGCGGUGUCAACAAAAAGCUUAACUGUAGGUUUCGCGGCCCUUAUAUAAUUCACAAAAUUCUUCCUCAUGACCGCUAUGUUGUUAGAGAUGUUGAGGGAUGUCAGCAUACACAAAUGACCUAUGAUGGCGUUCUAGAAGUUGAUAAGCUUAGGAAGUGGGCCACUAAUACGUAGAUAUGAUUAGGUAUGUAGUCAAGUAGGAUUGAGGUCAAUCCUAAGUCAGGAUAGCCGAGCUGUAAUAUACUGUAGUGUCAGGUCCGCAACCGGUAUCAUUGUGAAGAGCUUUCGAAAUGUCAGAGUGAAUUAUGACCAUUGGACAUGACAGUGUGCUGCGCAACUGUCAUGCUGAAUAAAGGUAUUCGUUAUUGGAUCGUUGUACAAGCAACAUCUUCCGUUCUUCCGUUCUUCCGUUCUUCCGUUCUGUCUUCCGUUCUUCCGUUAUACCUUCCGUCUUUGUUAUUAGGCUACCAAAGCCUCCUUCCGAAAAGUUAAAUCUUCCGUAAUACAUCCGUAUUACA